AUGUUGGCGGAAUCUGCAGAGGCGGGACAGAGCAUUCGCUACGCCUGUCGGGACUUCGCCACUCGUAAAACAAUAAUGACUGCUCUUCGGACCCCAAAUGGAACAACUAGAGCAUCAAGAAGGAGGAUGGAAAAGGUCAUUCACAACUUCUAUUCAGAUUUCUUUGACAGCCAUGUCCCCUUGCUUCCUCAGCAUCUGAGUGAAGAUGGAAAUGUCAUUCCAAAGGUCGAAGUCCGACAUGCCAUCAUGUCGGUGAUGAAUCGCACUUCACCGGGUCCCUACAGAAUUAAGCUUGAACAUCUGAAGUACCUACCGCCAGUCCUCAUCGACUCACUGACGAGGCUCUUCACUCGUUAUCUGUCGGAAUGCAAGGUUCCUAAGCAAUGGAAAACCAGCAGGACCGUGUUGUUGUAUAAAAAGGGAGAGCCACAUAAUAUCAGAACUAUCGCCCAAUCUGCUUACUCUCUGUCAUCUACAAGGUCUUCACAAGAGUAA